GAGUUACUGCCGGAAUACCGUUUUAUUCUUGAUUUUACACACUGCGGUCACGUGAUUCGAAACUUUUUUAAGCCCUCGAUACUUCCGGUGCAGACGAUAUGGCGAGUAGCAAAACGCGGUAUUACUGUGCUGCCGAGGGCUGUCACGCUGACACAAGGAAAAUGGGAAGAUAUGGGUAUAUGGCAGAAGUCAAGUUUUUCCCUUUCCCAACGCAGAAAAAGGACCCAAAAUGUAGGCGAGCGUGGCUGAGUUUGCUGCGGCGGAAAGAUUACGACCCACCUAUGCACCACAGGGUAAAGUGGAAUAAUUCUUUAAGUCUAUAUUAUUUUGCACUUUUUGCAAAAUAUUCGUGUCUCAGUACAAAGAAUAUUAUUUUUUUCAAUGUUUGGGUAUGUUCCAGACAUUUUGUUGAUGGCAGUCCAACACCUGAAAACCCUUACCCCACGUUAUUUGCUUACAAUAAUUUCAAGGAGCCUCUACAAGACAGAAGCUCAACAUCCAUCACCAAACGUUCAGCGGCAGAGAAACCUAACGAGUUCCUUGAAAAUUCACAAUUGAUGGAGUCAAAUGAAGAGGCAGCUAAUGUUCAGUCCUACAAUGAUAGCCAUAGUCAGUGUUAUAUGGAAAUGGAAUGUGUGGAUUUUCAAACACCCCCUGUUGUGUCUGAGGAGACAGUGGCUUCUGUGUGUGAAACACUGAAUACAGUUGUGCAACCAUGCCACCCUGACCAUGAGUAUGCAUCUGCAGCUGUAGGUGACAGCCAUGGUCCAGAUACAGUUGACUGUGGAAUACAGACAGAUUUUGGGAUGGAGGAAAUGGUGGAACUCAUGGCUCUAAAGAAGAAGUUUGAAAAUCCUGAUGCUCUCAUGAGAAACCUCUUCAUUGAAAAGGUCACAGCAACUGAUAGGAGUGUAAAGCAAUACACUGGUAUUCCAUCAAAGUCAAUGCUACAUGGAUUGUAUGAAGUGUUAGAUGAAGCAUCUCCCAACAUUAAAUAUUGGAGUGGACAAAGCAGUGCUGAGGAAACCCCAUACCAGCAGAAUGCGGAUAGGAGGAAAACUGGACCAACAAGGAAACUGUCAAAAUAUGAAGAAUUUAUUAUGACUCUUAUUCGUUUACGGCUUGCUAUUUUUACUUUUUUUUUUGGCUGAUAUUUUUGGAGUUUCAAAUACACGUGUGUCUCAGAUUUUCACAACAUGGGUAAAUUUUAUGUAUCAUAUUUUAACACCUUUAUUAGUUUGGCCAUCUACACCUGUUAUCAAGAAGUUUUUACCUAAGUCCUUUAAACUUACAUUUCCCAAUACAGUUUGUAUUAUUGAUUGUACUGAAUUUUUUAUACAAAAGCCCAGAUCUCCAUCUGCACAGUCCAGAACUUAUAGUACUUAUAAGCAUCAUAAUACAUACAAAGCUCUGAUAGGUAUUAUGCCAUCUGGUGCUAUCAUUUUUAUAUCAGAUUUAUGGGGAGGUAAUACAUCUGACAGAUAUAUUACUAAGAACUGUGGUUUUCUCGAUUAUGUAAGACCAGGUCAUGAAAUUAUGGCUGACAGAGGAUUUUUGAUUAGAGAUUUAUUGUUAGAAAGACAUGCAAAGCUUGUAAUUCCACCUUUUACCAAGAAAUGUAACUGGGGUAAAGGAAAAAGAUUGCUGUAGAAUGAUAUUAUUAAGACUAGAUGUAUAGCUCGUCUUAGAAUUCAUGUUGAACGUGCUAUAGAAAGAUUGAAAAAUUUUAAUAUCUUAAGUGAUACCAUGCCUUUGUCAUUGAAGCCAUUGUCAAAUCAGAUCCUGAAAGUGUGUGCUUUUCUUUGUAAUUUACAGACACCACUUGUGAAAAAAUAAUCAAACUGGUUUUUUGUCAUCAUUUAUUUUUUGUUCAUUAGUGCCUUUACAAUGUACUUUUCAUAGAAUCUUUUUGAUGUCUUGACAAUUUUUUCAUACAGUUCAGAGUAAAAAUAUAUUCUGUCAACAGCAGUACCUUUUUUUGUAUACAAAAUGAAGUCACACCGUUGUUUUUUACAAACACCCAUUUGACCUUGGAUCUGAAUAUACCAUGAUGAACUAUCUUUUAGUUUAACUAAGUUGUUUUCAUCUAAAUAUACAUGGUAAUGGUGAUCAAGACAUGCUUCUUGUGGUGUUUUAUUUUGAUACAUGUAUGAACAUUUAAUCUCAAUCAGUCCCUCACCACAACAUUUACAGCUUAUCAAACCAUCAGUAGAGGCUCCUAAAUAUGGGUGUAAUUCAUCUACCUGUAAACCACUAAGCUCAAGUUUGGCCUUUUCAUGACAUUUCUUAUAGUCCAAAAAGUACAACUGACGUGCCACAUUUUCAUUUUCUCUCCCAAAAUUUACAGAUGGAGUAUUUAUGUAACUUGACUUUCCCAUAACUCUUUUCGAUAUAUAAUUUUCAUCAUUCUCAGUAAAUUUAAAGCUUAAAAUAGAAGAAAAAUUUGAUGC